GGAUGUGAUAGCCCAUGUGCAGCAGUAGCACACCGCUGUCCUCCUCAGACCUCCACUCGUUAUAUCAUUUGUGCAGCUCGCAGCAGCUACAAGCUCAUCACCUAACAAGUAAGUGCUGAAAUCAACUCCUUAAAGCUUGAUUGUUAACAUUACAGGCUGAAUCUUCUUCUCUACAGCGCUGUCAGUAUUUUAAAGCAGAUUUGGUGCGGAGAGUACUUUAAUGGAAGCUAGCUUAAAUAACUUCCAGCUAACAGAUUUCUCUUAUUAACUGCAAGGACACACGUGAGGGAAGGCUGUUAAAGGUCUUAUUCAGGUGCAAAGUUGAUGUUUAAACUGAUGUCUUCAUCUUUGACGGUUAUUGAAUUGGAUUAAGCCGGUAACAAUGUCGUGCGUGUGUCUGAUGAAACCUCCCUGUCAGAUGUGGGAACUGCCCGGUGACAGUCCCGAGCAUUAAAGCGUGUCUCCAGGUGUGAAUAAAUCGAUCAUGUUUCGAUCAGAGAAUGAAUGAAUGACAGGGUGAUGGUCAGACAGGCUGGUCAGUGAUGGUGGAGGAGCAGUUCCGCACAUGCUGUUCAAUUUGACCUUGUGACGCACGACCUGGAGUGCACACGUGGGGUGAGCAGGAACUGGAUUUGGGGAUUCAUUCAGUCAUUCAGUCACGACCAAAGCUGGAGUGAGGAAAAAAAUCAGAUUAUUUGUGAUAAAUGUUAGAAAAAAAGGGAAAAAUGGUGGGUGGAAUGUGAAGGAGUUGUUGUACUAUCCCCUUAAAUACGCACACUUCAUCCAUAUUGUGUUGUCCUGGUUUGAACUGUUAGAUGGAGACUGAUACUGUAGAUCAAGGUAUGCAGUCUGUAUUCAGAUAUGUUAAAUCAUGUGUUGUUUUUUGUCUUAAUUCAUCCUUCCUGUCUUUAUCUUUUAGUCUAAAAUACAUCAAUGCAUAUGUUUGCUUAAAUGUCAGAUUUGUUUAAAUUCAGUUCCUUUGUGUUUAAUUCAGAAAUCUUAGCUGGAAUACUAACCAAGAAAACCAGCUGUGAAUUGAAGCUUCCAUCACAUUACUUGUGUAUAUUUGGUUCAACUUAAAAUACACACAAGAGGCACAUAAAACCUGUUUAUUUUUAGUUUUGAAAUAAAUCUAUUUUGGGUGUCUGACAGAAAAUCCCCAUCACCUUUCCCGGUUUGUUCUCCUUGUUGUAGUUGCUCUGCUUUGUUGAAGGUGACUUGUACAACUCUGAUAAUGUUUGACCAUCCCUGUCUCUUGAUGUCCAUUCAUUCUCUGCUGUCUUGUAAUACCACAAGUGGCCACUAGGGGCGCCUGUUACCUUUGUCACAGAUUUUCAGUCCUAAUGUGGUGGUGAGAGGGGAGGUAUAAAUUUAGAGAAUGGUUGUUGUAUGUGUGUUCUCACUCAUCAUACGGUGAACACCUUUUUUAUUAAAUGUGUUUUAGAUUCUUGCAGCCUUUCUAAAAGCCCCAGAUUAUCUUCUUUCAGAUGAAACCGUCAUUAAAUAGAGAGCGACACCUACUGUUCAUAUUUUUAUAAGUAAACUAAAGACCCACCUUUUUAGUCUGGCUUUUAGUUAAAUUUUGUUUUAAUCUUUUAAUCUGCAUUAUGUGAUUUUACCCCAUUUAAGUCCCAGAGUAACUAUUUUGUGUUUUAUUACCUCUUUUUUUAAAUUUUCCUUCUGUUACUGAUUGAUUUUAAGACUGUUUUAUUUAAUUAACUUUGAACGCUUUGUCGCUUUUAUUGUAAUUUAUCAUGGUUUUAUCGUUUUAGUCCUAGAUCCAGUGUUAACUCAUUUUUUUAACUCAAGAUAGUGUUUCCUCAAUCAUCUGUGACAAGUUGAAGAGUCCUCAUCUGGUCUUUUGUGUGUGUAUCUGUAUGUGUGAGUGCUAUAUGUGUUGAAUGGGGGUUGGGAGGGUGGGCAGGUUUGGUAUUUGUAUUUGUAUUUAUUUUAUUUCAUUGUUUUUUAAUAUCCCGCGCGAAUGGACAGCACUGUAAAAAUAAAGUUUGAAUGAUUGAUAAUUAAUGAAAGAUUUCCCUUCUUUUCUUCUCUCCUCCCAUAGAGAUGUUCCGCUUACCAACAGUCAUGAAGCAGGUGAGGCCUGUGUGCCGGGCGCUGGCUCCUCACCUCACCCGGGCGUACGCCAAGGAUGUGAAGUUUGGAGCUGAUGCUCGGGCGCUCAUGCUGCAGGGAGUCGACCUGCUGGCUGACGCUGUGGCUGUCACCAUGGGCCCAAAGGUAGCAUGACGCUUGAUGACAUUUUUUUAUGCAUUUGGAUCCUGUUUAUCACUGACAUGGUUGCAACUACUCUUAAACCACUGCAUCCCCACGCCCUGCAACUCGUGACACCAAUUUCACAAUUUGUAGGCGGCUACUCUGGAGCACGAUCGCAAAAAUCUGCUGAGUCAGGUGGAAAAACAUUCUGUCAUGUGUAAUGGCUCAGCUUAGCUGUGCAGGGGUUUGAGCCACAGACUGAUUUAACCCUCAGUAAUUAUAAAAAGGGUGAUUUUGAUGUAAUACUUACAGACUGAAUGUACAGAGAUAUUUUAAGGUCAUUCAGAGGUAAAAUAAUGGAGAGUUUGAACAUGAUAGUGUUCAUAAGUGCUACUCUCAUCAGAUGAUAGAAUAUUGACUCUUCAUUUUGCAGGACUUUUAGCGCAGGUUUCAGGCGUUGAACAUUAUAACAAUCUUACUAGUGAUGGUCUGUUUGUCUUUGUAUUUUAUAAAAAAGCAUGAAGUAUUUCAUAAAUAGCACAACACUACACUGCAUUUAACCCUUUAUGCAUCCUUUGUGAAUUAGAAAAUGUCAUUAUCCCUUGGUUUUCUUGGCACAAAAGCUGAACAGUCCAGUAAUGAAACACCCUCUCUCCUCCUCAGGGUCGCACCGUCAUCAUCGAGCAGAGCUGGGGCAGCCCAAAAGUGACCAAAGACGGUGUGACGGUGGCCAAAAGCAUCGACCUGAAGGACAAGUACAAGAACAUCGGAGCCAAGCUGGUGCAGGACGUGGCCAACAACACCAACGAGGAGGCCGGAGAUGGCACCACCACCGCCACGGUGCUCGCCCGCGCCAUCGCCAAGGAGGGCUUUGACACCAUCAGCAAGGGCGCCAACCCUGUGGAGAUCCGCCGCGGAGUCAUGAUGGCCGUGGAAGUGAUCAUCAAUGAGCUGAAGAAUCUUUCAAAGCCCGUCACAACACCUGAGGAGAUCGCACAGGUAAAGAAGAUAAGGUGUUGGUAACAUAUAUUAAAGGUAGCUGUGUGUUAAAUCUGAUUAUUCAUUAAUUUCUUUGUUGAUAUUCUUAAAGGUUGCCACAAUCUCAGCCAAUGGAGACGUAGAGAUCGGAAACAUCAUCUCCAACGCCAUGAAGAAAGUCGGCCGCAAGGGAGUCAUCACAGUGAAGGUUUGUUUACAUGCAGAAUUUGUUUGUAAAUGAUGAAGAAAAGGAAGUCGAAUUCCUACAGCAGACAGACUGUAAAAGGCUUCACAAAUAUAGGCAGAGAAAACAGUGUAAAAAAGUAGGGAAAUGAUGUUUACAGCAGGAAGUAUACAAUAUACAAAAGACUGAUAUUCCAGGUAAAUUUGUAAAGCCUGUGAGAGGUCAAGGAUCUUCUGUGCUUAUUAGUAAGAAAAUCUUUAAUCUAUUUGAUAUUGGUCUUUAUACACUGCUUCAGAAUAACUUUAAAAGAAGGAAAAACACUUGCUUGAUUUUAUUACCAUAAAAGGCUCAUUGUAACUCAGUCAUUCAGCCUCUUAAAUCCGGAGUUGCUGUGUUACUGGAGGAUUAAGUGGUCAGUGGAGGAUAAAUCCUGUAAUUAAAGCUCGUUAAUGGGUCCAGACUCAACAUGUUUUUCCUCUCAGGAUGGUAAAACUCUGCACGACGAGCUGGAGAUCAUCGAGGGCAUGAAGUUCGACCGAGGAUACAUCUCCCCGUACUUCAUCAACACUGCUAAAGGUAAACAUGCCCAGCCUCAGCAGUGGCUGUAUGUGCUGUUUGUGUUGACUACAUGGUAAAUGAGCCUGUUAAAGACAGUCUGUCUACAUGUGUGGAAAGGAGAUGUUCCACCAGACUAACCUUGCUAAGACGGGUGAAAUAAGUGAAGGAUUGGUACCGAGAUGUUUACAUCCUUUAAAAGUGUUCAAUCAAUCUGCACACGAUUUAUCACAUGCUUUUUAAUUGUAACCUAAAGAACUUUAUUUGAAGUAUAAAGAACUUUUUCGAAACAUUCUCAAAACAACAACCUGAAAUAUCUCAUCAUGGACCCUCAUGAUUAUGCAUGUAUGUCUGUAAAGAAGCAUUUUGACUUUGUUUCUUCUAUCUUCAGGUCAGAAAUGUGAGUUUCAGGACGCCUACCUGCUGCUGAGUGAGAAGAAGAUCUCCAGUGUGCAGAGCAUCGUUCCCGCUCUGGAGAUCGCUAACCAGCACCGCAAACCUCUGGUGAUCGUAGCCGAGGAUGUGGACGGAGAGGCGCUCAGCACACUCGUCCUCAACAGGUCCGUCAUGCUUCCUCCCUCAGUCUCAUUUAACAAAGAGAAAAGAGCGUGUGGAUUUAACUGACUGUGUGAUCUUUCAUUCUGCAGGCUGAAGGUCGGUCUGCAGGUUGUGGCUGUUAAAGCUCCAGGUUUUGGAGACAACAGGAAGAACCAGCUGAGGGAUAUGGCCGUCGCCACCGGGGGCACUGUAAGUCCACUUUUUAAUCACUGGGAGAUUUCUGUGGUACAGCUGGAGCCCUCUGACACUCAGUCUUGACUAAGUUUUCAAAAGCCAUUUAAUCACAAAAAUAUUUUCAAAUUGAGUUUUCUUGGCUUUUCAAACUAAAUAUAAAACAAUGAGCGUGGUCUAGACCUGCUCUUGUUCUUUGAAAAGCGUCUUGAGAUGACGGCUGUUGUGAAUUGGCGCUAUAUCAAUAAAAUUUGAUUGAUUGAUUGAUAUCUGUGUGUAAUUCUGGUAGGACAUGAUAAUCUAUUUAGUUUAGGAAAUGUUAAUGAUUUAGGAUGAGGGAUCGAAGCUCAAGAGGCUCUACCAACAGAGAAUUUAGGUGCAGCCAAGAAACAACGUAAACUAGUUCAUGUUUCAGACCAUGAACUUUGCUCUAAAUUUUAAAAGAUGGACACGACCCAGUUCAUUUCAAUCUGAGUAAACUGAACUUCGAACUCACUCUUGGCGUAAACUUGCACAACACUGCUGCCUACAAUACUUUGCUCUCUAGCUGACAUCCUGAGGGGAAUAUUAACUUUAAUGCAGCAAAUGUGGGAUUUAAGUUGUAACAAACGCAUGCAUCAUUGAGUUCAUCUGCUCCUCUCUGCAGGUCUUUGGAGAGGAGUCCCUGGGUAUCGCUCUCGAGGACAUCCAGGCUCAUGACUUUGGCAGAAUCGGUGAGGUGCAGAUCACUAAAGACGACACACUGCUGCUGAAGGGAGGAGGAAACCCCGCCGAUGUGGAGAAACGUGCCGCCGAGAUCGUCGAGCAGCUGGAGAGCACCACCAGCGACUACGAGAAGGAGAAACUCAACGAGAGGCUCGCCAAGCUGUCGGACGGAGUCGCUGUCCUCAAAGUACGCCUUAAAAAAAACAAAAAAAGUUCCUCCAUCUCAUUUAGUCUAUGUCUGCAAGGUAAUGACCGAUAUUUUUUGUGUUAGGUUGGUGGAACAAGUGAUGUGGAGGUGAACGAGAAGAAGGACAGAGUGACAGACGCUCUGAACGCCACACGAGCAGCUGUGGAGGAGGGAAUCGUUCCAGGAGGAGGAUGCGCUCUGCUGCGCUGCAUCCCAUCCCUGGAUGGCAUCAAAACAGCAAACUCUGACCAGAAGAUCGGUGAGUAAAGCACAAACAUUAGAAGAUGGUGAGAAAAUUACAAACACAUCGCAAACUGCCGCACCCUGAAAUCCCAGGUUGUCAGCCUAAUAGCGGAGUAUUAUUCACUAUCAGGACCGACUUUCUCCGAGAAUAUCGGGGAAAAUGUUGGUCAGAGAUUCAGAUUUCAUUGACAUGGAAGAAACCUGGAACUUAUUUUCCUGAACUUUCAUGCAGAAGGUGAAAACAUCUUCAUUUAUUUGAUCUCCUCCUUAUGAUUUUGUUCCUUUCAGGUGUGGACAUCAUCAGGCGGGCACUCCGAAUCCCCGCCAUGACGAUCGCUAAGAACGCCGGCGUGGAGGGCUCUCUGGUAGUGGAGAAGAUCCUGCAGGGAUCAGCCGAGCUCGGCUACGACGCCAUGCAGGGAGAGUACGUCAACAUGGUGGAGAAGGGCAUCAUCGACCCCACGAAGGUACAGUCAUCACCAACUGUGGAUGAAUAUGGAUUCAAGCGAUUAAAUGUUGGUUUUCUUUGGAAAUAAAUAAGUUGGGGAUGAUCUGCUGACUUUUCAAACUUCUCUCCAAACUUGACUUCGGUGUCAAACAUCUUCUAAACUGUGUUCUGCUCCCUCUUCAGGUGGUGAGGACGGCUCUCCUGGAUGCUGCAGGCGUCGCCUCCUUGCUCUCCACCGCCGAGGCCGUUGUUACGGAGAUCCCCAAGGAGGAGAAGGAGAUGCCAGGUGGCGGCAUGGGAGGAAUGGGCGGAAUGGGUGGAAUGGGAGGAAUGGGCUUCUAAACAGAGCGCCCUGACUCGCUGUACAGACUUAUAAAGGCAGGGUGGUGCUGGAGGAGGAGGAGGGUGGUGGCUGCUGAGGGACAAAAAAAAACCUCCAAGAACCUGCACCCGCCUCCACCAAACUUUGCCCACGCUGAUUGAUGGAGCUGCAAACGGUCGCCUCCCCCCUCCCCCUCUUUACUUUGUUUCUGGAGGACAAACUCUAAGAUCAUCAACCAUCUGCAGAAAACACACAAGAGAAGAAGAAACUAACCUAGAAAACAUGAAGCUCUAAAUCACAGCAGGGUGACGAGAGAAGACGUGUAGCCAGGAUCAUUUUCUCUGUUCUUUGUUUUUGUUAUUGUUAAUUCUUGUUUUUUUUAUAUAUUUGUUUCUGUUUUUUCUUUCAAGCUGUUAUAUGUGAGGUAAAAAUCUGUCUUUUCAUUUAAUUAAACCAGUUUUCUUACAGAACUCUGAGCCGUUUCUGUGACUUCAUGUCCUUAAAUGUCACCACGAUAAGAUGAAGAGUGCCUAAAACAGCAGAGUUUAUCAUCACCAGAGGCCUGUUUAAAAAAUGUACGAAUAAAAAUAUGUUUACUGAGAUGAUGCCGGCACUUUGAAACUCUGUGGGACUCAUUUUCCUGCAUGCAGAAUUUACUUUUUCAGCCCUUUACGUCUUUUUACGGCUGAAGAUACAUUUCACAUCUGAUUGUAUGAAAGAGAUGAGGAGAGGGUAAUGAGUCCAGACUCAAGUUACCAACUGGUUUGGACUCAUCGGGGUCUCAGCUUCAGAGUCUAAAUGUGACAAACCAGUAGAGUCCUAGUCAUCCUGCUUGUUAACACCCACCUUCCAUUCACUCGUAGGUUUGCUUAAUUUAAGAGAAAGUACACUAUUGCUAAUUAAACUCUGUGGUUUUCAUUACAAGAAGCUUCAUUCAGCUUGUGUUUUGUACAAUGUAGACAUGAUUUACGGUGAUUUUUUUAAUUUAAUAAAUCAAUUGUUCAGA